AUGGCCAUGAUAGACUCUGGGCUAGGGUUCCUUCACAUUCUCACGGGUGUGGAAGGAUCCCUAUGCUGGGGGCUCCGGCCAACUCUUGAAGCAGAUUCGGAUUCAAACUGUUUCUAUCGCGCUAUCAAAGGAGCGCAAGGCGCAGAUGCCUUCAUUAAGCUGUACAAUAUACUCAAGGAGGACACACCCCAGAAGUCGCAAGAGAUACUCAGCAAGCCAAAAGAUAUUUAUGAGGACGUCCAGACAGCCGACGGCGUAGUAGACAUGGAGACUAUACGCGAGUUUGCUACUAAGAACGCCAUCUAUCUAUGA